AUCAUCAACAGACGUGUCGGAUCCAAUGCCCUCGAGCCUGUGAAUGAGUAUCGCCUCAGUUCCUGGCUCAACCAUCAGGAGGACCUGCAUCGCAUGAUCUUCUACGUGGGCGACUCUCAGCAGGGCAUCACAGCGUGGACACGGCGCUGUCUCUGUCAGGCCGACUGCGUCAUGGUCUUGGCUCUGGCCACCGAGGAUCCUACCCGUCCCUCUGUCAUUGAAGAGAUUGUUAGCAAAGAUAGCUCUAAGGCAAGUCGCUCAGCCCUUUGUUAA